GGGGGGAGAGGGAGGACUCAGGUUCCGCAGGUUUGGGAAGACAAACUGUUGAAGCUGAGAGCCGUGUGCAGGGCGAGCACCCCGUGGAGAGGAGGCAGCCCUCUGCUCUGUUUUCAGAUGCCAUUUUCUUUGUCUUUCAAGUCUGAGAACGUGAGAACCUGCUGAGUGUCUGGCACCUGGCACAGGUGCUUCUAGUUCACUCUGUCCAGGGCACCAGGAACUUCUUCACUGAAGUAGGACUUCCGGGCAGGAAGGCGCUCGGUGAUAGGUGCACAGCCCUGCAUCUGGGAACUGGUGCGACCUCAGCAAGAUCUCAGUCUGGCCAGGAAGCCUAGCAGCGGGGUGGCAUGGAGACUGAGUGCUUCAGGGCCGGUGGGCUCAGGCAUGGUCCCCUGAAGGCAGCUACCCUGCGCCCCCCAGGCCAGUCCUUUGGGAGCAGGUUAGGUACUCAGAGAACCCCAGGGCAACAGGUGUGUGCAGGUGGGGCGGCGGAGCCAGAAGAGCGCAAACACCUGCCUUAGCUUGGGAGGGCGAGCAGGGCACAGUGCCCACAGAGGUCGGGCCUCCUCGGAGGCUGUGACCAGAGGGAUGAGGCAGAGGUUGCACUGGGAGGAGAGGCCCCCGGGGUGGGCGAGACUGGAAGGACAGGGCUUGAAGAAGUUGCCACCGGGUAGAAGACAACAGAGUGGAGGAGGGCCAAGGGUGGGCAGGGACUGGCCCGGCUGCCUGGUCCCUCCGUCUUGUUGCGUAAUUGGAACUUUGCUGUCCUCUGCCUGUCCCACCACCAACAGCCCCUUAGGAGAGUAUCUGCAGGGUAUCCUCAGGCCAGAGAGGGCUUUGUCCCUGUGCUGUGGUGGCCGUGAGGCUGGUCUCUGGGAAGGAGGACCACGGGCAGUGAGAUCCCUGAGUCUAAGAAAGAAAAAGCCCACCUAGUAGGGGCAUAGGAUCCCACAUCCUCCAGCAAGCUGCUUUUAUGCUGUUUUUUGUUGUCUGGCCUGGGCCGUGGGCUUGUAUUUACCUGUGUGGGUUUUUUAAAUGCCAAGUCAUUUGGGUGACAGCCGAAUGAGCAACAGAGGGAGCACCUCAUUCUGGCCCUCUGGGAGGGGCCGCAGCCACAUGAUCCGGGCAGCCUGGGGCCCCUGGGCUUCAGGGGUGGGUGGGGGAAGUUCUUGUACCCCCUCCCCUGUCCCCAGAACCUAGGGUUUCCCUGCUUGCCCUCUGUACAGGGCCUCGCUGUGCAAUGUGUGUUCCCUGCCCUGGAGAGUGAGCCUAAAAAUGAAACCCCACCCAGGGAUGUGGGAUUCCCCGGACCGAGAGAGGCUGGAAUUCAUGGACCCCAGGGUCUCUCGUGGGUCGGGUUCAGCAGCCCUCCCACCCUAUUGGGUUUGAUGUCCAGGGCACCGGCCCACUUGCACCCCAGCCUCCAGGACCCAGACCUGGGGCUCUGCCGCACUCCUGUCUGUUAGGGGGCAUCCCCAUUUCAUGGAUGGGAACGGGUUCGGUGGAAACGACACGCCAGCCCUGCAGGCUGUGGGGGCAAAGUCGGGGUUCCCCCAGAUGACUGCCGCCCUUCCCAGCAGCCCAGAGUGCACUGUGAGGGGGGCACCGUGACUGGGAAUGUCAGCAGGGCUGCCUGACUGCUGGGAGGCUCCCCGGGCGGCAGAGGUGCAGGUGCCGGCGGCUGCCCACAGCCCAGGCACCCAUCUGGCUGGAACCUACCCCUGAGGAGUACCUUGUAGGCAGUGGCCACAGCAUUUGGUCACCAGCUGGAAGAGAGGCGGCUGCGCGUGUACAUCUGGAGGGGCCGCUCUGCCCCAUCCCGUGUCUGGACCCCCUUUCAGAGGCCAAGGGGACCCGGAAGGGAGCGUGAGGACCGGACUCCCCAGCAAUGACCAGCUCCCCUGUCUCCAGAGUCGUCUACACGGGCAGGAGGAACAGCAGCCCCCGCUCUCCCCCCAGCAGCAGCGAGAUCUUCACCCCCGCGCACGAGGAGAAUGUGCGCUUCAUUUACGAAGCCUGGCAGGGCGUGGAGCGAGACCUGCGGAGCCAGGUGUCCGGCAGUGAGCGGGGCCUGGUGGAGGAGUACGUGGAGAAGGUCCCUAACCCCAGCCUGAAGACCUUCAAGCCCAUCGACCUGAGUGACCUGAGGCGCCGGCACACGCAGGACGCCAGGAAGUCCUAAAGGGCAGCAGCGCCCCCACCCCGCCUUGGGGACACCGGGUGCCGCCUGAUACUGGGCUCCUCCUCUCCUGUGGUCCCAGUUCUGGCAGUGGGGAGGAGGCCACAGACCCUAGGACCAGGACAGGUGUGGCGAUGGCUGAGGCCCGCCACUCCUCCCCCAGCCCCAUCCUCUCCUUGGGGACAUCGGGCUGCCCCUGUCGCUGGAGGAGUCCUGGCCCCGCCAGCCCCUGCUCUCCCCUGGCCUGGCUGCUCCCACCCAGGCCCUGACCCGACCCUCCUCCCCUUCCUACCACUCGCCACUCCCCCACCCCUGCCCCUGCCCAUGUCCAGGAUCAGCACGGUGAGGGGGACUGUUGUCUUCUGGGCCAGGUUUGUCCCCUGAGGUGGCCAGGAGGCAGGCCAAGGGUGACCCUUCCACCUAGCGAGGGUCCCCCACCUGUCACUCCUGCUUCUCUGGCCCAGAUACAUCAGAGAGUCUAGCCCCCCUGCCCAUUGUCCGGCCUGGCCCCUUCCCUGCGUCAGCCUCAGGGCAGCACCAGCCGUCUGGGCCUGGGACACCGCUGGGCGCUCCCCAAGGGAUCCUGGGCUGCCAGACCUGGCCCCUGUAUCUGGGGCUCUGGGGCUCCAGCAGCCCCCUUGGACAGGGGCGUGAGACUGGCCUGAGCUGGUGCUGGGAGGGCCACCAGGACCCCAUUCUGUGCCCUCCCAAAGCCCAGCGUCUGGACUGGCACCUGGGGACCAGUGAAUAAAGGCAGGUGGCACUGGA